CUGUAUUCAAGCUGGCGCCGUUGUCUCCCUCUUCCUGCUUCUCAUCUGUCUCUCCCUGCUCUUCAUCCUUCCUUCUAUUCCUUCAUUCAGAUCCUUAAACCCGCAAUAAGUAUCCACUUUUCUUUGCUCUCUACCUCCAAGUUCCCAAUCCCAAUGCUUUAACAAGCUUCAAGCUUCAACAAACAAUGGCUUUCUUCUCUAGCAUUCGUUUUCUUCCUCCUCCUCUUCUUUUUCUACUUUCAAUAUGUCUCUUAUUCUUUCUCACAUUCGCAGCAGCUUCGAGCUCUGCUAAAUUGUCUAUCUAUGAAGUUCUUCGCGCCCAUGGACUCCCCAUGGGCCUGCUUCCAAAGGGCGUGAAGGAAUUUGACAUUGACAAGGAAGGUCGCUUCUGGGUGCAUCUAGAUCAAGCUUGCAAUGCCAAAUUCGAGAGCGAAUUGCAUUUCGAGCAAAACGUUUCGGGGACUUUGAGUUAUGGCCAGAUGGGGGCGUUGUCGGGGAUAACGGCGCAGGAGCUGUUUCUUUGGUUUCCGGUGAAGGGUAUUCGCGUGGACAUACCGAGUUCUGGGUUGAUUUAUUUCGAUGUAGGCGUUGUUCGUAAGCAAUUCUCUUUGUCCCUUUUCGAGACGCCACCGGAUUGUUUGGCGGCUCCGUCUGGAGAGGCGGAUGGUUUCCAAGAUGGGUUGAUCAUGGCGGACUCUGUUUCCGAGCCUCAUGGAGCUAAGCUAAACAUAGAUGGUGUGUCGAAUUGGAUAUAUAUUCAACCGAUACUGCGCAUCAACUUGUAUUUAAAUAUAAUAUAUCUUGUCACGGUGAUAGUGUUUGUAUGGUCUCUUGAGUCUUGAUAUUAGUGGUCCUUAAUCUUGGAGGAAGAGCCAGGAAGGAAGCUCUCAGAUUAGCCAACUUCAGCAGUUGUGGUUUUUGGUUUGGUGGAGGGUCAUGUUCCCAACUAUUCCUUCAUGUGAUCUUUUCCUUUUCUUUCGGUGGUUAAGUAGAGUCUCUUAAAAACACUGAAUAAUUGGUUAGGUUAUGCUUUUGUUUUAUCUUUGUCCUCCUAUGUUGUCAUGCAACAAUGGAAAGUUGCCUUUUGACUUUACAAACCGAAGAAAAGGCUUUCCACUACUAUUCUACUUUACUGCUUCAUUCAUAUAUAAUGUUUUCCUCGGACCUCAGGUGAUCAUGCCAUGAUGUUGGGGUCAAAUAUGAGUAAAGAGUGAUAAAAAGUCUCACAAUGGAUAGAAUUAGACACAGACUGGUUGAAGAGGUAUAUAAGUAGAAUAAACUCAUAAAUUUUAGCGUGACUUAAUGUUAAGGUCAAGAAUUGAUAUCAAGCUCAUUUAUAUAUUUCCUCUCAAAGUCCAAUGAAGAAAAAGAUAUAUUGAAUCUUUCUAGUAUAUGAGGUUCUCUCAGGUCUUCUUUUGAUAUUAGGAUAAUGACCUUUGGUGUGUUAUGUGAUGUAAUAGUUUCACACAACUGAUACAAUUUCUGAAUUCUAUUUAGUGUAUAUCUUUGGAAACAAUUAAUUGAGCUGAAUAUUCAUGCUGCAAUCUAUUCCUUGUGCAGAGUCAAUCUGGAAAGCUUCAAUAUCAGCUUGAUCAGGAAAAUUUUGGAAGGGAGGUUCUGUAGAUGAUGUAAGAGGAGGUGAAUGAAGUUGUGUUGUAGUUGGAUCGUCAUGGGUUCUCCAAUCAUAUAGUAUAUAUCUUUGGAGAGUAUAAAUUAACAGGAGCAGUGUGGUACUUGUUUGUCUUUUCUUUCCUCAUAUAGUGCAGAGUUAGUGUAAUAGAGGCAGCCCCUGCAUCUCAGUGAUUAAUUGACAAGAUACUCGAAAAAAGUGCAGCAACAUAAUAAAGCUAGACCAGAGCAUUUGGUUGAGAUGAAUUCGGGUAACAAGUCUGAAAAGAUUCUUGCUCUAUGUCAAGUUUUCAUGUUAGUAUAGUUAGUUACAUUUUGAGAUGAAUCAAAUUGUGCAUUCUAUCUUCAAGAAUAUAAUGCACUGAUACAACAUAUUUGGUGUGUUACAAACCUGCAUUUCAAUUGUGAACUAUGGUUCAAGUAUGAGUAGUUUCUUAGGGUUCAAAUAUUCAGAUUGAGUGACUUGACGAAAUCUGAUGUCUGAUUAGGAAGCUUCAAUUUCUUCAAGGAACUUAUGUUUCAACUUCUUCUUGUGCUCAGGUACAUACAUGGUGGACACAAUUCAAGGCAGAGGGCUUUGAGUAAUUUUGGUCUUCUUGUGUAUAUUCUGAUUUGGUGUUCUCUGUAUAUGGAUACUUUUUUUUUUUUUCUGAGAAACAAUAAAAUUUUAUAUUCUGGAAUUUUCAUCUAUAUCUUCUCUUUCUGUGUUGCCGCUAUAAUGCAAGACCAUCAUGUUGAUAGAAAUUUACAAACUGGUAUUUUCAUUA